AUGGCCUGCUGCCAGACCAGUUUCUGUGGAUUUCCCAGUUGCUCCACCGGUGGGACCUGUGGCUCCAGCUGCUCCCAGCCAACAUGCUGUGAGACCAGCUGCUGCCAACCAAGAUGCUGUGAGACCAGCUGCUGCCAGCCAAGAUGCUGUGAGACCAGCUGCUGCCAGCCAUGCUGCUGCCAGACCAGCUUCUGUGGAUUUCCCAGCUGCUCCACUGGUGGGACCUGUGGCUCCAGUUGCUGCCAGCCAUGCUGCUGUGAGACCAGCUGCUGUGGAACCAGCUGUGGCAUUGGCAGUGGCAUCGGCUUUGGCCAGGAGGGUGGCUGUGGAGCCCUGAGCUGCCGCACCAGGUGGUGCCGCCCAGACUGCCGCGUGGAGGGCACCUGCCUGCCUCCCUGCUGCGUGGUGAGCUGCACGCCCCCCUCCUGCUGCCAGCUGCAUCAUGCCCAGGCCUCCUGCUGCCGCCCUUCCUACUGUGGACAGUCCUGCUGCCGCCCAGCCUGCUGCUGCUACUGCUGCGAGCCCACAUGCUGA